AUGAGAGCAGCAGCAGCAGCAGCAGCAGCAGCAGCAGCAGCAGCAGCAGCAGCAGCAGCAGCAGCAGCAGCAGCAGCAGCAGCAGCAGCAGCAGCAGCAGCAGCAGCAGCAGCAGCAGCAGCAGCAGCAGCAGCAGCAGCAGCAGCAGCAGCAGCAGCAGCAGCAGCAGCAGCAGUAGCAGCAGCAGUAGCAGCAGCAGCCGCAGCAGCAGCAGCAGCAGCAACAGCAGCAGCCGGAGCAGCCUCCGGCCCCUGUUUCUGGCCUUCGGGCCCUUGGUCUCCCCUCCUCUCCUCCUGUGUUCGGUCCUACGUUUCCUCCUCCGGACUCCGCUCCGGCUGUGUUCCCUCUCCUCCUCGUUCUCCUCCGUCUGUCCUUCCUCGCCCUCCUGAGUCGUCUCUCACUGCCUCCCUGUCUACUCCGGUCACUGACUACUACCGCACGUACCACCCCACUCUCUCUCGUGUUCUCGCCUCUCUUGUUACCGACCCUCGUGCCUCUCCUUCCUCCGUCGCGGUCCUCACUGCCGCUGUCACUGACUUUACUGCUACGCGUCGCCUUGACUACGCCACUCGUGUUGUGGCCGCUCCUCCUGUCCGUCCUCUGUCCGCCGGGGGUGAGUCUGCCCUUGGCUGUGCCGUCCUAGAGGACAGACAGUUUGAGCUAGAGUUCCUGGCAGCUGCUUCACCUCAUCUCUGUGCCAUGCUGCUCACUCCUGAGGGAGACCCCGACGCUCCUGACAUACCUACUCCUCGCACUUACGCUGAGGCAGUGUCAGGGCCUUGGGCCUCUCAGUGGAGAGCUGCCAUGGACGCAGAGAUGGCCUCCUACAGGUCCACAGGCACUUACGUUGACGAGGUUCCCCCCCCAGGGGCGAACAUAGUUGACGGCAUGUGGAUCUUCAAGGUGAAGCGGCCGCCGGGAUCUCCCCCAGUCUUCAAGGCACGCUACGUGGCUAGAGGUUUCAGUCAGCGUGAGGGAGUUGACUUCUUUCAGACCUUCGUGCCCACCCCGAAGAUGACCACUCUUCGGGUGUUACUUCACGUAGCGGCACAGAGGGACUACGAGCUACACUCCCUCGACUUCUCCACCGCCUUCCUGCAGGGCAGCCUACACGAGGAGAUCUGGCUGCGUCGUCCUCCGGGCUUCACUGGCACCUUCCCGCCUGGGACCCAGUGGAGCCUCAGACGACCGGUCUACGGUCUCCGUCAGGCACCCCGUGAGUGGCACGACACUCUCCGCUCUACUCUGUCCGACCUCGGGUUUGAGCCGUCUUCCGCCGACCCGUCGCUGUUUGUUCGUCGUGGGCGCACACCUUUCUUCGUUCUGGUCUACGUUGACGACUUGGUUUUUGCCACAGCCGACACAGUUGCACUGGCGGAGGUGAAGUCCGAACUGCAGAAGAGACACACCUGCACUGACCUUGGGGAACUGCGCCGCUACCUUGGCCUGCAGAUCUCCAGGGACAGAGCCGCUCGCACCAUCACUCUGACUCAGUCACACAUGGUGCAGCAGGUCUUUCAGCGGUUCAGGCUUUAG